AUGGAGUGGAAAGAAGCCCCAGAAGGUAGAUGGCGUAAAGAUUUAGGUGGCGCAGAGAAAAUCUACAGAUUCACGUCCACUAUCUUCAAGCUCACAGGCCGUGAACACUGGGGUCUUUACACAGUCUGUCAAGUCAAAUUCGGUCCAGGUCUUGAUCCAGAGGAAGAGGCGACCGCUGCGCUUCGUAAUGCGUGGAAAGCACUACGGUUUGAGUUUCCCGCUUUAACUCUCAUCCCUGACGGCUAUGAAGCUGUUUACCCUAGUGGCAGUGACGAAGAGAAAAUCAGUGCUGAGAACGCCCUGGAGGAUUGGGCUCAGAAAACGUUCCGAGUAGCACCUCUUUUGAGUGUGAAGGAAAUACUUGCAGACUACAAGUUGCACGACUUGCCAGAAUUGAUUUGGCUUCCCGCCACAUCACAGGUCGUUUUAUUGAUCUCACAUUGGCGUUGCGAUGGCCUCGGUACAUGUAUGUUACUCAACCGGCUAUUUCAAUUGGUUUCCACAAAGGCUUCGGGUGCUGUCCCAGAAGGUUGGACUGUCGAAAAGGAUUUGGCCAAUAUAUCGCCUAGUAUAGAGGAUGCAGCUGGAGCACCGAUGGUCAGCAACCCGGAGAUUGAGGAAACCGCCAGAGACAUGAGUAAAUUUCGUGAGAAAACUAUGAAUACGAUUGGGGUGCCUUACAAUGGAGACCGGACGACGCCUCCAGGUCAGACUGCUGUGCAAGUAACUACCUUUACGGCCGAGAGCACAAAGACUCUUGUCGAUGAAUGCAGAGCACGCAAAAUCACAGUAGCUGCAGCGAUUCACGCAGCUCUCGCAACUGCUGCAUUUGAAUUGACCUCUGCAAAAGAAGUCAAUGACUAUAUCACAGUCAUGGCAGUGAGCUUCAGACCAUAUCUUCAAAAUCCAUACAACACCGUAGCGCACGCGUGUCGUACUUAUGUUACUGGUAUUGCCCCCGAAGUGUCAAAGAACGCCAGCUUCGAGGAACAAACCACCACGCUUACGAAACUGUUCAAAAAUUGGCAUACCGACAAAAUGUCUCAGGCAUUGCGGGAACUGUAUCGUGGAGCUUCACAGGCUCUCCUCUCACCGCGAUCGCGGCCAGCUGGACCUCCGCCCAAUCCUCCCAGUGGAAUAACGCACAGUAAUCUAGGCGUGGUCGACCACUUUAUCAAAUCGAAAUACUAUGGUGAUCAUCAAGAUAAAACAUUUGAAGCUCUUCCCAUAAUUGAGGUAACCGGCUUUGAAUUCGGCGUCACUGUCCUCACUCGACAGAUGAUGUUCUAUCCUUGGACUUUCCGCGGGCAGCUCAACUUUUCAAUCAACUACAACGAUGCCUAUUACGAUACUGAAGCACCUCAGAAAGUAUUUGGUCGGAUUAAGAGUAAACUGGAGGAAGAACUGCACUUGAAGUUGGAACAAUGUAUUUAA